GGGAGAAAAUAGCUUGAAGAGGACCUAAUGGAGGAAUCUGCAGUGCUACCGAAUAUACACAAUCGGAAAGAAUUCAACGAUCUACUAAAGAAUGCGGGACCCAAACUGGUGGUUGUCGACUUUUCAGCAAAAUGGUGCGGGCCUUGCAAAAUGAUCCGUCCUUUGUUUCACGAGUUGGCUGUUCGGUAUGCAAAUGUGCUAUUCUGCAUUGUUGAUGUGGACUUGGCAGAGGAUGUGGCUGACCUUUGCAAUAUCGUCGCCAUGCCAACAUUCCAGUUCUACAUGAAAGGAGAAAAGAUUUUUGAAAUCACUGGAGCUCGUCCCAAAAAGCUGGAAGAGAAGAUUAAAGAGCUGAUGUGAUCCUUGGAGAAAGCUCCCAUGUUAUCAACACAUCAUGCCAGUAGAAUAAAAU